AUGGAAGGUCUUGAAUCUUUUGAUAAGGCUGUUUGGACAAAGGAAAUGUUGCAUAUAUUUUGUGAUAUAUGCAUUAAGGCAAUUGAUAUGGGAAUGAGACCUAAUACUCAUUUCGAUAAAACGGGGUGGAAAUUUCUUAUAACAUCAUUCAAAGAACAAACUGGCCAUGCAUUCACCAAAACACAAUUGAAAAACAAAUGGGAUGGAUACAAAAAGGAUUGGAGGUUAUGGAAUAAGCUGGUUUCUGAAACUGGUGUUGGCUGGAAUAGUGAAUUAGGCACAAUUUCAGCUAGCGAUGAGUGGUGGAAACAAAAAAUUCAGGCUCCUUCAUCAGGUGUACCUGCUGACAGUGAUGUUGAUCCUGGUACAAGCAAUGCCGACAUUGCUCAUGAUGGUUUGGAAGAGGGCAACGGUGAUUCGAAGGAAGAUGUGAUUCCAGAUUUCCAGAUUGACAUGGCUCGAAUGGUUGGAGGGAUAAAUAUGUCUAGCAGCAGCAACAUAAAAAGCGGUGGCAAAAGAAAAGAACGAGAUCAUUAUGAUGUGCGAGGUAGAAAGAAGAAAACAUCUGGAAUUCAGCUGCUGUCAAGGUGCAAUCAACUACUUGAAAGUAUAUUGAUUAUGAGUGAUUCCAUGUUUGUUAAUUUGGAUCGCGAAGGUUGUAGUAUUCGCGAGGUGAUGGCUGAGCUGCACUCAAUUUCUGGAGUUUCAAUUGAAGAUGAGUUCCACGACUUUGCUACAGAGUAUUUGAGUUUAAGAAGGAAAAGAGAAAUGUGGGCUAGUAUGGGUGAUAAGGAGCAGAAGUUGAGAUAG